AUGUCAUUUUUGGUUGGUGGUGUUGACGAUUGUAAAAAGCGCUGGAAAAAUAUUAAAGACACAUACAAUAAAAAAAGGAGAGGUAGAAAGUUGGGUACUGGGUCUGCUACGAAAGAAAAACCAUCAAAAUGGAUUCUUGAGGAUGCUUUAUCUUUUAUGGAUACAGCAAUAAAUGAGAGACAGAGCGUAAAAAAUGUGUCUCACGAAGAUACAAUAAUUGAGGAAGAUCACAUAAGUUCAAAUGAUAAUAGUGUUAUCACACAAAUGGAGCCUGAAAUUCAUAAUGUAUCAUCAAUAUCAACUCUUGAGCCAAUAGCGGUAGCAGAGAAGUCGGAGAAACAAUCAACUAGUCUAAAACGAUAAAAAAAAACGGAACUGGUCGACAUUUUAAAUAAAAGAAGCGAAAAAAGAAAUCGGUUAAUGCAAGAGCUUACAAAAACAGAAGAAGCAGAGGACUCCAUCGAUGUUUUUUUCAAAAGUAUAGCGCUUGCAGUCAAAAAUUUUUCGCCAGAACUCAAAAUAAAAGCAAAAAUGGAUGUACUCAAAGUUAUAAAUGAAUUGGAACUUCAGAAUCUUAAAUCUUUGGAUCAAACUGGCAGCACUUCUAAUUAUGUGUUUCCAGAAAAUAUAACUUUCAGGCCGCAAGCAUUAGAACCAAUAAAUUAUACAUCCUAUUCAACACACUCCUCUGAACUUGAUGGAAGUUCUUCAGAAUCAAGAUGGACAGAAAAUUUUCAUAAUAAUUAAUCAUUAUAAUCAUUGGAGCAAUAUUAUCCUAGUUUUUAUGU